AUGGCUUCUCCGGAGUUGCUCCCCGCAGAUGACGGAGACAAAGAGCCCAAUAUUCCCGACGUCCUUGACCGGGUUUCCACCGCGCUGCAUGCCCGCAAGUCGGGUGGAUCAACAGGAGGCGCGCUCCAGGGGGAGGGCGUCUGUAACCCGGUCCGCAGCUGCCAUGGCCGGUGUCUUUCAGCACCAAGGACGGCGCCGCGCAAGGCGGGCGCGGAGGUUAAACUCGGCCACCUCACUGAGGAGAAAGUCAGAGUUUGUUGUGACGAGGAAUUAGAGACAUCUUUCACCUACAUUGAUGAAAACGUUAACCUGCGACUGGCCAGCCCGGAGACCAGUUGUAAAAGUACUCACAGACCUAUGCGCAACGGCGAGGCUUGCUCCGAGACUUUACCGGAGUUUUCCUUCAUGUCAGAGGAUGAUCUCUCCUUCGGGGACGGCUCUGGGAAUUCUAUAGACUACGGGUUUAUCAGUGCAGUCACGUUCCUGGUGACCGGGAUCUCCUUGGUGAUCAUCUCCUACGCCGUGCCCCGGGAUGUGGUGGUGGACCGUGACAGCGUGUCGGCGAGGGAGAUGGAGAGGCUGGAGAUGGAGAGCGCCCGGAUAGGGGCCCACCUGGAUCGGUGCGUCAUAGCGGGACUCUGCCUGCUCACGCUGGGCGGCGUGGUGCUCUCCACGCUGCUGAUGAUCUCCAUGUGGAAGGGAGAGAUGUACAGGAGAAAGGUCAUCGCCUAUUCCAAGCGGUCAGCCAAACUGUAUGGCUCAAUCAGCCUGAAAACUAGAUCCAGUCCCAGCCAUUCCUCUACACACUUGUCCAUAGACGAAGAAAUGGAGGAAACUUUAACUUAA